CGGGUAGGAGCGUGCGCCCGUGUGUGUGUGAGAGAGUGUGACUUGUGUGUAAGAGACACUCGUUCUCCUGGCUGCAAGGAGACACACACACUUCUACUUUCCUGUCCCGCCUCACUCAAGGAGGAAGAGAGGAGAACGAUUUUUGAAAAGACAAGAAAUUUUAUUUGCCUCUCCCCUCCCUGUUCAAAUCAACUUUUGCCCAUUUUUUUUUUAAUUUGAUUUUUGUUUUUUUUUUUUUUGUUUUUUUUUAGGGGAUUUGCUUUGCUCCACACUGGAAUUUUAUGUUGCUUGACUAAUAUAGAGAUGUAUCAUUACAAGGCAUGCAUUAUGGAUUUGUACCUGUUUGUGUUUAUGACGUGCAUAUGGUUGCCCAGUUCAAGGGUGCUUGGAGGCUAUCCCAUCUGGUGGUCCCUGGCUCUGGGGCAGCAGUACUCCUCCCUGGGCUCCCAGCCCAUCCUGUGUGGCACCAUCCCUGGCCUGGUGCCCAAGCAGCUACGCUUCUGCCGCAACUACAUCGAGAUCAUGCCCAGUGUGGCUGAGGGAGUCAAGCUGGGCAUCCAGGAGUGCCAGCACCAGUUCCGGGGCCGCCGCUGGAACUGCACUACCAUCGAGGACAACCUGGCCAUAUUCGGCCCAGUGCUGGACAAAGCCACGCGGGAGUCUGCCUUCGUGCACGCCAUUGCCUCGGCAGGCGUGGCCUUCGCCGUCACGCGCUCCUGCUCCGAGGGGACCUCAACCAUGUGCGGCUGCGACUCCCACCACAAGGGUCCCCCCGGGGAGGGCUGGAAGUGGGGCGGCUGCAGUGAGGAUGCUGAAUUCGGGGUCCUGGUGUCCCGCGAGUUCGCCGACGCCAGGGAGAACCGCCCGGAUGCCCGUUCUGCCAUGAACCGGCACAACAACGAGGCAGGACGCACGACCAUCCUGGAUCACAUGCACUUGCGCUGCAAGUGCCACGGCCUGUCGGGUAGCUGCGAGGUGAAGACGUGCUGGUGGGCACAGCCGGACUUCCGCAUGCUGGGCGACUACCUGAAAGACAAGUAUGACAGCGCCUCCGAGAUGGUGGUGGAGAAGCAUCGUGAGUCGCGGGGCUGGGUGGAGACCCUGCGCGCCAAGUAUGCCUUCUUUAAACCGCCCACGGAGCGCGACCUGGUCUACUACGAGGGCUCGCCCAACUUCUGCGAGCCCAACACCGAGACGGGCUCCUUCGGCACGCGCGACCGCGCCUGCAACGUGUCGUCACACGGCAUCGAGGGCUGCGACCUGCUCUGCUGCGGCCGCGGCCACAACACGCGCACCGAGAAGCGCAAGGAGAAGUGCCACUGCAUCUUCCACUGGUGCUGCUACGUCAGCUGCCAGGAGUGCAUGCGCGUCUACGACGUGCACACAUGCAAGUGAAGCCUGCAGCUGCACGGGGGCGAGAUGGGGGGGCACAGACUCACGAUGACAUCACACGCAUACACCUCCACAGGACAGCUUCCCAGGCACAAACUCCCAUAAUCAAAAGCACUUCCUACUGGAAAGUCUGGCAAAGUCCGACCGUGAAGCAGCAGCACGCUUCCCGAUCCCAACGUAGUACUUCACCUCUCCCUGUCCCUCACAACGCUGGGAUCCCCCCCCCCCCCCCCAUCUUUAUUUAUUUCUCUACCCCUCCAUGACUCACCACUUUCUUCAGCACUGGGGUCCAUACAGCUGGCAGGAACUGUUGGUAGCUCAGGUGCUUUGACCUUCCCUGCUGCCCAGGACUCCGCCUCCCCCCCUCUUGACCAGUACUGGCCCAGUGCGUCUCAUCCCAGCAGCCAGGCGCUCGACCGCCAAACGCGCAGAGCACUGAGGCCACUGGAUGCUCCGUAGCCCGGGAUGCAUUACUGACCUGCUCCUCAUUUCCACACACUGUGCUGUUACAGUUUAGAGGACCUGGUUUUAUAGCUAUGUUUCUGAGAUCUGACCAUUUUGCAGGAAUUGAUGUCACACAAUGCAAAAUGUAACUUUUUCUUUUUUGAUGUUGUUCAGAAGUCUAACGGCCCACAGAAAAUACACACCAUACUUCACAGGCACCCUCCUGUUAUCCAGGUUUAUACCCCAUACAACUGUGAUGAUUAAUUUUCAAAGCUGUGCCAGUCAGAAUAUAAAUACAUUCCAUACGUCCUAAUAAGAAAAGUAGGCAUGUCUUAUCAUUCAGACCCUUUCUAUGUUUAAGACAGAAGUGGAACUUGUGCCCUUUAAAAACAAUAGAGGACAUUUCAGACCACGACUGAGAUCACCUAAAAUGUGAGAUAUUAAUAAUGAAAUAGCAUAUGUGCAUGAAGCCUGAUGGAAUUUGCACUUAAGAUAUAAGAAAAAUAGUAGCAGUAAGAAAAAGGCUGUCGUCCUGUAACCCACUUACCUUCUCCAUACUACAGUGAAUUCUUCCUCCCUCCCACUCCACACACAAAGAAGGAGACUCACAAGUGGGCUGCAAAACAGCCCUGGGGAACAAUAAGCAUAUAUGGAUGCAUAGAUGAGCAAUAACAAAACUAGACAGCUUAACCCCGAGUCCUGCCUGUGACAAGCAGCCUGUAAACUGAGGGAAUCUGGCUCAAUGUGUGUGUGCGUGCGUGUGUGUAUGUAUGUGUGUGUAUGUAUGUGUGUGUGUGUGUGUGACGGCUGGAGGCAGGCAGGACGGCGCAGUGCAGUGGGGGCGACCAGCUUCACGACAUCGGCAGCAGUCGCCAUGGUUUCCACACGACAUGUUCAGACAGCUGAAGUGCUUCCUAGCAAUUAUAUUUAACAGCAAACAUACAAGUUACAAUUUAGAGUAGGAUUUUAUCCCCGUGACGUAGUCUAGUAUCCACACUGUCCUCUAAAAUACCCUCUUUCUCACUUCCUCUGUUGUUUUACUUGUUUUUUUGCUAUAUCCAAAGUUUUGUACAAAGUUUUAAUAAGUCCCUUUUUAUUUUAUAAUCUGAAAAUGCUAUGUUUUUAUAAAUAUUAUUUAUUAUACAAUGUAUAUAUCUGUAUGA